AUGCUUUCCAACAAAUUGGCCAUCGCAGGCCUAUCCUUGGGCCAACACCCCUCCCAUUCACUCGACCGAAAGAUUACGGCGGCCGCCCAAGCUGGAUACGCAGGCAUAGAGAUUGUGUACCCUGAUUUGCAAACUUAUGCCGAGUCACACAAGCUUUCCAUGUUGGAGGCAGCCGACAAAGUCAGAAAUCUGUGUCAAAAUGCCAAUUUGGAGAUCCUGGCUCUUGCUCCUUUUGAGAACUACGAAGGAGACCGGUCGCCUUUAGCCGAUAGAUUGGAAAAGGCUAAGCGGUGGAUUGCUAUAGCCAGAAUCCUUCGGGCGCCAUAUUUGCAGAUUCCCUCCAACUACCAACCAGACGCGAAUGGCGACGAGAAUGUUAUUAUCUCGGACCUCCAACAACUGGCUGCUAUCGGAGCCGCCGAAGAACCCGUUGUCUCGAUCGCAUAUGAGUUUCUGUCUUGGGGAACUCAUUGUUCCACAUGGGAGACUGCCCUGCGAUACGUGAAUGCGGUGAAUCGACCCAACUUCGGACUGUGUCUGGAUACCUUCCACAUCGGUACAAAAUUGUGGGGUGACCUUUUUGCGCCUUCCGGCAAGUUCCCUGACUCGGAUGCGGCACUCAAGGACUCGCUGGAUCGCUUUACUGCCGAAGUUCCCGUGGACAAAAUAUUCUUUAUGCAGCUAUCCGACGCCGAACGCUUUGACCCUCCUUUCUCCAAAGAUCACCCGUGGUAUGUGGAGGGUGAAGCCCCGCAGUUCAGUUGGUCGAAGCACGGUCGUCCAUUCCCAUACGAGCAUGACCUCGGUGCAUACCUACCUAUGACCGAGAUUGUGAAGGCUUGGAUUGUUGACAUCGGAUUCAAAGGCUGGAUUUCCAUGGAGAUCUUUGACCGAGGAAUGAAAAGUAAGGACAGCAAGCCGGAGGUCGCCGCCUCCAGGGGAAUUGAGUCAUGGAAGACUUUGCAGAAACGACUUGAAGAGUUGUAA